AUGAAGCAGGCAAUCUACCAAUCAACUAUGCAAAGGAUGAACUUAUUACCUUCUUUGGAUGCUGUACAGUCUACUAGAGAUCGGCUAUCCAACUCUACCGAUGCCUCUGUCAAAGUCAACAGCAAUUCCAGUCAAGAAAUCAAUCUAGAAGGCCAUGAAAUAUCAAUGUACCUUCCUCCUGGAGCGGUUCUAUCUGAUGACUCUUGUCAGAUCACCCUAUCCAUCAUAAGAGACAAUCCCGGUGUCAUCACUGAAGGUGAAUCAAUGACCUGCUAUGGGAUCAGGUGUGACCCUCAACCCUUGAUCUUCAACCAACCUGUUACGAUCACUAUACCACACUCUUCCUUGGUCGUCCAUCCAGAGCAAGUAAAACCAGACAUCGUUUGUCGUGUGUGGGACUCUAUCAAGGAUCUACCGAAAACUCUAAGGAAGCAAUCAUCCAACUCACCAGAAACACCACCAUACUGCAGACUUUACGAAAGACAUCUUGAGCUGUACAUCAGCCACUGUGCAGAGUGGUGGGUUCUGAUUCCACUCGAACAACAGGUGAUUCGACAGCGGAUAAUGUGUACUCCAUACGUCCCAGACAGGAUCGAAAGAGGACAAGAGCUUGCAGUUAAUCUUCAGUUGUGUAACGACCUACCUGGAAACGAAGCGGCAACACAAGAGGAGUCGAGACAACAAUCUUACCACAGAUGUCAUCGCUCGGUCCCUUUCAAUGUUGAAACAAAGGCUGGUGACGUCACAAUCACGUGCCAUCGUGAGGGAGGAGAAAUUGAGAGCCAGAUCGUUUCUCUUAGGGACCUUCUAGCCAAGAUAAACCAAUGUAUAUCAAUAUACGUUCCACCCAGUGAGGACGAUCUAAACUUUGCAGUGAUUACCAUAACGAUUACACAGGCUGGGAAGCUUGGAAUAUCACGAUUUAUUGCCUUUGUCAUCAGAUAUACAGGUAGAAUUUCAUGCUUGAUAAUUCAAUGA